GAUUUAUCACACGGCACGCUCGAAAUUUCGAUCGGAAAGAUCGGGCACUGUAACUGUUCCAGACUGCGCAUGCUGUGCAGCGGGCCCUUAAGUGGACUUGCAUUUGUCGUACGUGCCAGCCAGUACCAGCACUUACUCGCUACAGCUACCACAGGCACAUAAAGUCACAAGCAAGUACAUCUCGUACGCACAGUGUGCCUUGUAGUACAGUACAGCAUCCAUCGUCGACUUAAGUGGAUGAGUUGUGCUUAUCUGCUCUUCUCUACACACAAACCUCAUCUUUCUUCCCUCCACGACUGACGCUCCACCAAACAAAUUAUUAUUAUUCGGUCGACCAAUAGAGUCGUUUUUGGAGCCCUACACAGCGACCUGGCACUAGUACUGAAUAGAAUUAAUGCCUCAAGUUCAGCAUUACGGAGCUAGUACCGCAAAUGUUAUGAUAUUCUUUAUCACUCUCCUCUGUGCUUCUCAAGUCUAUGCUUCUUGCACGUCGAUGGAUUCGACUGACUGCACUUCAAGCCCCACGUCGACUAUCAUCGGUAUUGCUAUUGGCGGAACAGUCAUUCUCUUGAUCAUGAUCUGCGUUAUCAGGAUUCGUCGCCGCCAAAGACUCCAACAACGUACUACCCAGACAACCUUGGUGUAUGCAACACCUAGUAACAGCUAUGGCAGGCGACAAUCGAAUGUGUAUCAUCCAUACCCCACUCAGUCACGAUGCCCUCCUGGCCUACAGUCAUCAAGACCUGUCCCCGGUCAAAUGAAUUCGUUGAACCGACAGGGAAUGACUGUAGCACCCUCGUUUCCUCAACCAUCACACCCAUCUCCGAUGACACACUCUGCACACACGCGAUCACCGACCUCGCCUUCUCCAACCCACUACUCAUAUUCAAACCAGACCCCACGCACUUCACCCUCUUCCCAAAAUUCAACCCGCUUACCCCCCGGGUUUCCUCUCUCCCCUUCUUCCCCUUCGACAUAUUCACGGAUCUCUGCUGAUCCCUCCACUGUUCAAACACCGUCCACUCCGGCAGCAUACACUCCACAUGCCACGCCCGUCGGGCGUCCAUCACCUCCAGAGAAUAUGGAGAUGCGUCCGUUGAGUGUGAAUGCGGGAGUUGAGAAUGAUGAACCUCCACCAGCCUAUACAGUUUAACAGUAUGUAGCAUCUUAAGGACUGUCGUACGAUAUACCCAAUGUUAAGCAGGAACUUAUCACAAUUACAUGAAAAGGGUGUGAAGAACAUUAAUGCUGUCCACUUGAUUUUUUUUAGUUUUCUUUCAUUGUUUCUCGACGACCUGAUAUCGUUUCACUGUGGUCACCCGCUAGAACCUGCGUGUUUUUGAA